UUCCGGGAGACUGGUGGCGUUAAGGAUUGCUGGGGGUUCGUCAUGGGUUACAGUGGUCUAACGGUGCCCAUCAUCGUUCUCACCGUAUUUUGGGGGGUCGUGGGCGGCGUUGUGCCUUGGUUUAUCCCGAAAGGACCGAACAGAGGUGUCAUUAAUACUAUGCUGGUGACCAGUGCUGUUUGUUGCUACCUUUUCUGGCUAAUUGCAAUCCUGUCCCAGUUGAAUCCUCUGUUUGGUCCACAGUUAAAAAAUGAAACCGUCUGGUACUUGUUCUACCAUUGGCCCUGAAUUCAUCACCUAAAAAAACUUCUAUGAAGUAGAGAGAAUGAAAAUAUCUUAAACUACAAUUGAUUAUUUCUUCUGCACCUGAGUAACUUUACCAAGCAACAUUCAACAGCAUGGAUCAAUUUGAAUUCUGCAUUGUGAUUUAUAAUGUGUUAACUAGAAUAGGUGAUGGUUGGCAGUUGAAGCAAUAGAACUAACAAGUGUGAAUAUUUAGCAGCAACAUAGUAGAAAUCUAAUUGUGUUUAGUGGCAGAGAAUUUUUAACAUUUUUUUACAACAUUUAUACCAAAGACUUAAAACAGUUUAAAACUGAGGGGAAAUGAUGUGUAUCAAAUAGAUGAUUAUUUUGUGAUCAUAUUUUUGUACUAACAUUCCAUAAUGCCUAAUGAAAUGUGGAAAUAGCUAAUAUCUUGCAGGUUUUGAUUUCACUAAAGAACAUAAUUUAAAUCUUGGGAAAAUAAUUUAAUAAAUUCUAAAAAAUACACUGCAUAGCCUUUUCUCUUUAUCAAAUGGUUAUACAUUAUUACUUUUGACAUUUUGUAAAUCCCAAUGUCUGCCAUCAAGAAAUUAAUUUGGCUUAAGAAAAUGUAGUAAUAUAUUCAUUGCAUGAUUCCUGAAUUUUUGGCAAAAGCCCAUGGUUUUUAUUGCCUCUUCAGAUGAGGUAUUUAAAAGUAAACUUGUGUCGUAUCUAAACACACACCAAGUAGUUUUUCUGUGAAGUGAAAAUUAACUAGCAAUUUGCCUGCAUAAAGCGAUCGCAUUGCUGACUUAACUUGCUUCUGGCAGUCAUGAUUAGAAUUGCUAUUAGCGUCGAAUAGAUUCUGUGUUUUGAAUAAUAUUUGACAUUUGUAGCCAUGUUUGGGUUUGAGUAAUAAAAUAGUUAAGCUUGCUCAGUUGCAGUGGAAUAUAGAGCUAACAAGACAGCUAGAAAGUGAUAAUAGGUUAGUGACCUUGUACCAGAUCACACUCACCUCAUCAUUUCCUGCCCUCUCCUGGCAUACUCUGGCCAUGCUAAACCUUUUGGUCUGAAUGAACUGGAGGCCUCACUGCUAAGGCUGUCCUGUGAAGCAAAAUGGUCUGCAAAUAGCAUUUCUGUAUCAGUUAAUUUUUAAUAUUGUCAUGCCAGUUGUUAGUAUCUUUGAAGGAUUAAUGAUCAACUAUGAAUAGCAAUAACUUCAAAACCUGUUAUGCAAGGUGUAAGCACUUUGGGUUGUCUAUUGUAUACAUUCUCUAUAUUAAAUUGAACCUACACUUAUUAGCAAAUUGUUUUUGUACUGUAGGGUUCAAUUGAAUUAGUUUGAACUUAGUUUUCCAUAAUUAUUAAAUCUUUUGCUAGAAAUGUAAAGUUUUAUGAUGCUACUCUCAACAAAAUUUGGAAUAGAGAACAUCAAGCAUGUUCCUUAAGGUAACUAACUUGUAUACUUAGUUACCAAAACAACCCAGCAAAGAAGAAGAAAAAUCAAAAUAGUCCUUGAGUCAUUCCACCGUAAAACUUAUUUUCAUUGUUAUUUCAAGGGAAUGAUUAAGAAAAGAUCUGAAAAUUCAUUUGUGUAUCUAUUCAAAAAGACUGGGCUCUGCUUGAUUAAACUCGAAUUUUGAGGAAUCUCAUGUAUAAUAAAGAAUGCUGUAUGUUACUAAGUGCUCUAGCAAUGUAGUAUAAUUUCCCUCAUGCAAGGACAAAUGGGUUUUCAGAUCAUUAGGGUUAGCUUGGUGAAUCUAGACAUGAAUGAGGGGAAUUAUUCCAAAAUGUAAAAUUAGUAGACAUAAGUACACUGAGAAAAGGAAAGAUGACGGCAAAAAAACAAA